GGCACCAGAGCUCAGAAAGCAGUGAGUGUUGACAGAAGAAGAAAAAAAAAAAAGAGGCUGUGACAGACCUCUGCCCUGACCGAGGACCUUACUGGUCAAACAGAGGGGUGUGCUCCGCCGGGUCUCACUUCAUCCGUUUCCACGGCUCUUUGUGGUUUCACUGCUCCUGUCACACGGCUGGAAACAUGUCGUCCAUCCCUGUGCCGCCGCCAAAGUGCCUGCAGAAACCGCUGGUGGUUCCUCAUCGCCACAUGUUCGGUCCGGGACCGUCCAAUGUUCCUCCUCGCAUCCUGAAGGCCGGGGCCAAUCCUGUCAUUGGACACAUGCAUCCGGAGAUAUUUGAGAUAAUGAAUGACAUCAAAAGUGGAACCCAGUACAUGUUCCAGACGCACAACAGUAUGACCUUUGCCGUGAGCGGCACCGGCCACACCGCCAUGGAGUGUGCCAUCUUCAACGCGGUGGAGCCCGGGGAGAAUGUGCUGACUGCCGUGAAUGGCAUAUGGGGAGAACGAGCAGCAGACAUGGCGGAGAGGAUCGGUGCCAAAGUAAAUACCAUUGUGGCGCCGCCUGGAGGCUUCUUCACUAACGAAGAAAUUGAGCAGGCCUUGGCAAAGUACAGGCCCGUCCUGCUCUUCCUCGCACACGGAGAAUCCUCCACGGGGGUCUUGCAUCCCCUAGAUGGUAUCGGACUGCUGUGUCACAAGUAUAACUGCCUGCUUCUCGUCGACUCCGUGGCUGCGAUUGGAGGAGCCCCUCUACACAUGGACCAGCAAGAGAUAGACAUCCUAUACACAGGCUCUCAGAAGGUACUGAAUGCCCCGCCGGGCACAGCGCCCAUCUCCUUCAGUGCCAGAGCAUGCCAGAAAAUAUUCAACCGGAGGACAAAGCCUGUGUCGUUCUUCUUGGACUUGAAGUGGCUCGCAAACUACUGGGGAUGUGACGGCAAGCCGUCACGAGUAUAUCACCACACAGGUCCAGUCACUGCGUUUUACUCUCUGAGGGAGAGCCUGGCUGUCCUUGCUGAAGAGGGUCUGGAGAAGUCAUGGGAAAGACAUCAAGAAGUGGCUGAAUAUUUCCAUGCGGGCCUAGAAAACAUGGGUCUCAAACUUUUUGUCAAAGAAAAAAAAGCAAGACUGCCAACGGUUACCACAAUUGUUGCUCCUCGUGGAUAUGACUGGAAAGAGAUCACAGCCUACAUCAUGAAAACACAUAAUUUAGAAAUUUCAGGAGGGCUCGGACCAUCAGUGGGCUUGGUGCUGCGUGUGGGAUUGAUGGGAUGCAACAGCAGCAAGGUCCACGUUGACAUGGUGUUGGCAGCACUGAAAGAUGCUAUGAAACACUGCCAUGAGAACAAACUGUGACGCGUUUCUGUUGGAUGGUGCAGAGACGAUCCUGAAUCAGCGUUGCUAAUAUAGUCAACGGACUGUGUGUAAAAAAAAAAAGAAUGAUUGUUGUCAGUAGUCGCUUUUUCUUUUUGCCGUUCAGUCAUUAUUUGAAUGGGAACAUUGGACUUGUCCUCGUACAGCUGCAGUACCUGUGUAGUCUGUUACCGAAACUUGUUACUCUAUUAUUUUAGAUUUUCAGUCUAAUACAAAAAAUAAUCAUGUUUA